UCGUAUACUCGUAAUAUACAUAAACAAUUAGAUAUACGGUAUUUUAGAAGUAUAUUUAGAAGUAUAUCAAGAUGGUGGUCGUGAGGAGUGAAGCCGGGGUGACAGGAGCCAGGGAGGAGAUUUCCCAUGACCACCUCUUCAAGGUGACUGGAUUAUCAUCAACGAAUUUGGAGAAGUUGGCCCAAGAGCCCGAGGCCUCCGACUUCGAGGAAGCUAUCGCAGCGACCAGCUAUGGCAAGUUCAACAUCGCUCUGAUGCUGUGCACCAUCCCAGCGUUCUGGAGUUCCGUCUCCGUCACCAGUUCCAUCAGCUACAUCUUCACGAGGGCGCAGUGUGAUAUGGGGCUCAGUCUGCUGGAUAUGGGGACUAUUACUGCCAUGACUUAUGGAGGCAUGAUAUCAUCAGCGAUGGUAUGGGGUUUCCUGUCAGACACCCUCGGGAGACGACAGAUCAUGGUGUGGGGCUUCUUCUGCUCGGGGCUGGUGGAGAUGACGGCAGCCAUGAGUCAGAACUUCGCCAUGCUUCUGGUUACGAGGUUCGCUAGUGGAUUCCUUUUCAACGGUCCCUUCGCAGUCCUGAUCUCGUACCUGGCAGAGCUCCACCGAACCGAGCUGAGGGCUCGAGUGAUCCUCCUCACCAGUCUGUUCUACACGUUCGCCAACACCACCCUCCCUCUGCUCGCCUGGGCUAUCCUCACUAAGGACUGGGACUUCAGUAUAUUUGGGGAUACUAUUGUAAUCCACUCCUGGAACCUGUUCCUCUUCGCCACGGCGCUGAUGCCUCUUCUGACCGGCAUCGCAUUCCUCUGCCUCCCUGAGAGCCCCAAGUUCCUGAUGUCCAGAGGAAGGAACGAGGAAGCCAUGGCUGUCUUCAGGAUUAUCUACCAGAUGAACACAGGAAAACCUGGUGAGGAGUUCCCGGUGAAAGUCCUAGUAGAAGAGAAGAACGAGCAGCAAGGUCGAGGAGUUGCAGCUCUGAGAGGGGGCUGUGCGCAGCUGGCGCCGCUGUUCAGGCCGCCACACGCCAAGUGGCUGUUCCUCAUGUGUGCUAUACAUGCCGGAUGCAUGUUCGGAUCCAACACCAUCCGCCUCUGGUACCCCCAACUGGCAGCCAUGAUCAGCAACGACGCCAAAGGUCUCUGCUCAGCCAUCGCGCCAUCAGCCACGCCAGUCCAGGUGGAUGACAUCUGCGUGCCCAUAGUGACUGAUAUGCUGACGUACCUGCAGAGUGCUGCGGUGGGCGCGGGGUCUGUGCUGACUUAUUCUAUUGGAGGGGCUUUGGUUAAUAAAUGUGGCAAGCGCCUAGUAUCAGGUUUCUGCGGAGUAGCUAGCGCAUUCCUGAUAGUCCUGCUGCCGUUCCUGGGCACUGACGCGUACGCAGUGGUUGCCAUGGUAACGGCAGCAUUGGCCUUCACCUCGCUCUGUGGAGCUUCGCUGUCCAGCACUACUGUGGACUUGUUCCCGACUUCACUAAGAGUAAUGGCGAUGGCAACAUUCCUGAUGAGCGGUCGCCUGGGUACCAUCACCGGCACCGUCAUCUUCCCCGCACUCAUAGACUACGGCUGCCUCCCGCCUUUCAUUACUAUAGGAUCCGUUUUAGCAGUGUGCGGAAUGGCGUGUUUCUUGGUACCAAACACCACUCUCAAGAAAUUAGAAUAAUUUAUAUUUAAAUUCUAAGGAAAACAUCAUUGUAAAUAUUAUUGUUGUGGCUGUUAAUUUGUGUCAAUGUUCUUUUGUGAGUCCUAUUGUUUUUCGUAAAAUAUUUAUGUAAAUAUUCUUAUUAUUAUCUAUUUUCGAUUCAAGGAUGUUUUUGUGUUAAAAUAUCAAGGCAAAAAAUGCGUAUUGACUUGAUAUAACAGGUUUAGGAACGUAACAUUUGCUUGUUAAUACUAUUAUAAGCUCGAUUAUAAUUAUUUUGUAUAAAUUAUGCAGGUAUGUUGUAAUACUGUCUCGUCAUGUUUGUGUCUUUGUGUCUAGUGUAUAUCUAUGUAAAUAAAUUGGUAAAUAUAUAAAAAAGGAUCGAAUGAAAUGGCGAAAAUUUUAAAAA